AUGAUAGAAGCCAAGAAACUUUUCUGUAAGCGUAAUCGCGGAGGUGUUGAAGGCUCGGAUGGACAUAAAAUUCGUCGUGUACGAAUGGAGAGACCAGGCGCUUCACUGCCAAAUGAACGUGCGCCUCAUGACUCCGUCAAGUGCGGGGGGAAAAGGAUUAAGCUUCGUAUCAAUAUCUCUUGGCUUGAUCGAAAUAAAGCCGUCCACAAACUGCAUGAUAGCGGCUUCUGGGGAGAAAGUGUUAUCCUGGGAACAUCAGAGGUGCGAAGGCUUGGAACUUGUAAGGGCGAAAUCGUCAUAGCCGUUAGCCCUAUACAAGUCAUUGACAGUCCUCCGAACUUUCGGAGCGUUGUUGCGAGAGACGAUGAUGAUCGAAUGAAUGGCGUUCUCGGAUACUCACCCGCUGCUGACUGUCGUCCAUCUAGGAACGUCAGUGGCAGUCAACAAGACCAAAUACGGCGGCUGUCUUCCGGCAUUUUCCGACGCGUCCAGAAGAGAACGCGCGUCGCGGCAGCCUUUGGUCCAGAUGCUCAAGUUGAAAGGGGUACCGACCGGUUGAGGGAUAAGUUCGGUGCAAUAUCAUACUCAUGCCGUGCAUGUCCCUUCAAGUUGAAGUUGUUGAACAUCAACAAGCAGUGUCUCCUUACCGUUACCAAGUCCGCGCAAUCAAAUUCAAGUUGCUUUCUAUACUUGAACACAUCCCGAAUUGAUAUAUAUAGCGCGGCCUUUUCAACGGACAAAAAAAAUCAUGUUUCUGGGAUAUUGACUUGCCAGGGGCAGCCUUUGGUGAGUUCGGUGCACUACCAUACUCAUGCCGUGCAUGUCCCUUGA